GCAGUGACUGAAUGUUGUUUUGUGUUUUUAGCAACAACCCAAAUUGCGGACAGAAAAUAUCAGAAGUUGUGUAGCUUAUUUGUUGCUUGCAGUUCAGAACGGUUACUUCGUAAUCCAUAUAAAAGUGUUCAUGUAGCAAUUAUCGAUAGUUUUUAUUCGCUCGGUGGAAUCGAAUUGCAUUUGGACCGACGCUGAGAAAAAAAAUAUUGCUGUGUUGGGGAAAACAAACAAGUUCGCGCAGUAACAAAACAGAAUCAAUCAUCCGUUGUAGUUUUUUUUUUGCGAAAUUAUAGUUCUCAUCGGAACAACAUACCGAAAGAAUGGCCACGGUGAACUUAUCGUAUCCCAUCCAGGGCAAGAAAGAUCAGUGGAUAAAGCUGAACGUGGGGGGAACUUGCUUUCUGACAACGAAGACCACUCUUUCCCGGGAUCCAAGCUCUUUCCUGUCGCGUCUCAUUCAGGAGGACAGUGAUCUAAUCUCGGAUCGGGAUGAAACUGGAGCUUACUUGAUCGACCGAGAUCCACGCUAUUUUGCCCCUGUAUUGAAUUAUUUACGCCACGGUAAGUUGGUAUUGGACAACGGUCUCUCCGAAGAAGGCGUUCUCGAAGAAGCCGAGUUCUACAACGUGACGCACUUGAUUGGAUUAUUGAAAGACAGUAUCGCACGAAGAGAGCAGAGACCAACAGCCGAUAAAAAGCGAGUUUAUCGUGUGCUACAAUGCCAGGAAAAUGAACUCACACAGAUGGUAUCAACAAUGUCGGAUGGGUGGCGCUUUGAACAGUUGAUCAACAUCGGAACUUCGUACAACUACGGAGCUGAGGAAAACGCGGAGUUCCUCUGCGUGGUUUCGAAAGAAUGCGCGAACACGCUGAUUGGCCGUGAGAACGAAUCGAAUGAUAGAGCUAAAGUGCUUCAGCAAAAAGGGUCUCGUAUGUAAAAAAAAACAAAUAUUUGUGAUCUAGCUGGGCGGCCUUUUGUACCGUUUGAGGAGGGAUGUUCAGGAUAACUAAACUUAUUUACUCGUUACGACAGAGCUGAUAUGCACAAAGAAUCCGUUAGCGGGAGAGCUGAAACCAAUUACUAUUAAAUUGUUCAAUUUAGAUUACUUUUUUGAUCGUCAUAAAAAUGCCUUAGACUUCUAUUACGUUUUCAAGUGUUUGGUUGAUCUAGGAUCCAAUCAAAUCCAGGAAAAACAUCGUUCAACAUAGACUCUACAACGCGUACGAUUUCCUCCGCAGUGAACAAUAUUUGAGGUCACACGGUCAUAAAUUUUUGGAGAACAGAAAUCCUAUACCCACCGAGCGAAUAAACACUCACGAAAAGAAACUCAUGCUCGCUAAUUCAAUUUGCUCCUCAAUGUUCACACCAUUUGAAUUUGUUCACUAUUUCGAUGCCCUGGAACGCGAUAAUUAUUCAAGAUUGGCGUGUAAAAUCCUCAUGUUUGAUUCACUCGAAAACCUGCUUUCCUCAGAACCUAAUAAUUUUUCAACACACCGCCAGCACUUCUAUAGAACGAUACAAAAUAUUGUGUUAGCUCUAAGUAAGCAAUUAAGCGAACUGGUUGAAUUUAAGGCACUCCACGAUUGAGAAGCAUGUCUCAUUUCAACGCGUAGUUAUAAUCUCCGAAAGCGAAUUAACCAUUAAGGCGUUCGGUUACCUUGCAUGUUAACACCCCGAUGGAAAAGACGAACCACGUUUCAAUGGGCGUUUCAAUCACUCGACGUAACAAUUUUUCCAUUUUUUUCACGUUUCCAACAACACUAAAAACCUCAUUUGUUUCCUUACGACUGCGUCUCUACAGGAAUAUUAUUUUAGAUAAAGUGCGUAGAUUUGAGAAGGGUAGAGCAACUUAAAAUGCAGAAAACAGUGCCGUUUUUACCUUUCCGGAACCGGUUGUCCGGCGUGGUAGAAGUGUUAGUUAUUUAAUCAUCUUGAAUAUUGAACCUAUGGAAGAUCGGAGUGGCGCGGCUUCCUAGUGUUGCGUGGAUAGUAGGGAUGCGAUGACGAAGAACGACGAAUUGUAGAAUGAUGUUGUAAUACAGGAUUUAAAUCAUUUGACUGCAGAGGUAUUAUAAUUUGAGUACACCAAUUUCA